GAUCCCUCCGAAUCUUCUCCACCCGCACCCUCCCAUAUCUUCUUCCUCUUUUUACUCGAUCCUAAUACACAACCAUAGAUAACAGAAAUACAAUUCCGGCGGCCAUAACAUGAGAGCUUUGAACCCAAGAUUUGUGCUCAUUGACAUCAAUAGCAGCACAUCAUGGAACCACCGAAAGCACUGUCAUUUUGUUACCUCGUUCUCUUCGUCAUUUCGUCGAACAGGGGGCGCCCAUAAAAGACAGGCCUCUCUGAAGCCAUCUCCAUCGUCUGUUCUUCGACACCCCAAUAUCCGUAAGCCGUCUGACCGGACCUCAUUCUCAAAUGGGUAUUCGUGCGAUUCUCCAAAUUUGGCUUCCACUUCGCGAGCUGAGGUCUGUACAGAGAUGGAGCUGUUCCUUGAAAUGUUGCCGUUGAGAAUGAGAAAGGAGCUUAGCAGGCAUCAAGAGAUCGGGGAGUUGAUUGAGGUGGUUAUGGACUUGGGGCGCAAGCCUCUUGGCCGGUUUCCAUCCGGUGACUGGGUGAUCUCGGAACAGCCCGUGAAGCAUGAGGAUCUCAGGCACGCUAUAUCCAAGGUUGGGGACUUUUCGGAUGAUAACCGCUCGGGUAUAGAUAGAUCUUUACAUCGUAUAAGUGCCAUUCGAAACCGUAAACUGCAAAUCAUUGGCCUCACUUGUCGUGUUGGUCGAGCUGUGUCUGGAAGUGCAGGGAUCAUACGUGACUUAGUUGAGGAUGGUGGUUCCAUCUUGGUCAUAGGUCCCCCUGGGGUCGGCAAAACUACUUUAAUCAGAGAGAUAGCUAGAAUGUUGGCAGAUGAGCACAAGAAACGUGUUGUCAUUGUAGAUACAUCAAAUGAGAUUGGAGGUGAUGGUGAUGUCCCUCAUGAAGGAAUAGGGCGUGCAAGGAGGAUGCAGGUUCCUAAUGUAAAUAUGCAGCAUAAUGUUAUGAUUGAGGCAGUUGAAAAUCAUAUGCCCGAAACCAUCAUUAUUGAUGAAAUUGGUACAGAACUUGAAGCAUUAGCUGCCAGCACAAUUGCUCAACGAGGAGUACAGUUGGUUGGCACAGCCCAUGGGAUGACUAUUGAAAACAUAAUAAAGAAUCCGUCUCUUCAGAUCCUUGUUGGUGGCAUUGAGAGUGUAACCCUCGGGGAUGAGGAAGCAAAGAAAAGGAAAGUGCAGAAGACAAUUCUUGAAAGAAAGGGGCCACCAACAUUUACAUGCGCAGUUGAACUGAUAUCUAGGACUGAGUGCCGUGUUCAUCACAGACUUGAUGCCACAGUAGACACUAUACUGGCGGGAAAAUCUCCUUUAUUUGAAAGCCGUCAAUUGGAUGAUGAUGCUGAUAAUUCUCUCAAGCCUAUUGUAAUAUCUAAAAAGGACCAUAUGGAAGUAUCUGAGAUGUCCCUUCAGGAAGAAAAGAGUGCUGAAGUAUUUUCUGAUGAAGAAGAUGAAGAUUAUCUUCCUAAUCGGUUUCACAAAAGGGGUGCUAAUGGUUCUAUGAGUAAAAGAAGCUCACCAAUAUUUGUUUAUACUUACAAGAUCCUGGAAGCUGAUCUGUUACAAGUAGCAACGGUAAUGGGGCUUGAAGAUGAAAUAGAUGUUACAGAUGAUAUUGCAAUGGCAGAUGUAAUUUUGGCUUCUUCUGCAGAAUUGAAGCAGAAUCCAUGGAUCCGUGGUGUGGCUAAAUUCCACAAACUGCCAGUAUUUGUCAUUAGGUCAAAUACCAUGGCACAAAUGGUGAAGGCAGUUCGUAUGAUUCUUGAAAGGGAAUCAUCCGGUUCAGGACCACAUCAGUCACAAACAAAUCCUCUUGACAUAGAGAUUGAAGAUGAUGCACCAAAGAGAAAACCCACAUUGGAAGAGAUUGAUGCCUUGGAGGAGGUUCGUCUUGCAAUUGAGUAUAUAGUGAUUCCUGGAGGUGAACCUGUAGAGCUUCUUCCAAGACGCUCUGAAAUAGUUGCCCGACAGCUUGAGUUGGUAGAAAGUUAUCAAUUGGCUGCUGAAAAUUCAGGUUGCGAGCUUAACCCCAGGUUGCAGAUUCUUCCCCAGAAACUAAACAAGAAGCCACCUUCCAAAUCCUCCAAAUCUCCCAAAGGAACAAGCUUGAAGCCGCUAACUGGCAAUGGCGGAGGUACUAGUGUUACCAGGUUGCCCCUUCUGCCCAAAUAAGUCAUCAAUCUUUUGAUGAUGCAUAUACCUUUUUCAUGUACGGUUAUGUAGAUAAUUAUUUCAUGUUGUAAAGUAUACAAUUUUAUUUGUUAACAGUCUUCAAUUAUGAAAUGCUAAAUAACAUUAUAUUUGACCA